AUGAAUCGAUGGCAGCCCCUCUUUCGACGGAGCUAUGAUUCCAUUGUCUCGUCAGUGUUUGCUCUUUCCGUUCGACACAUGAGCAAAUACAUGUCGAAGCAAGCAACCAAGCGACAGCCCCUCACCACAAAACGAGCUCGAAAAGGUUACUACAAAGGCAAAGGGGGCACCAAAGAAGGUCGACUGACGAGCAAAGGAAAAUUCAUUGUGGAUCCCUUGAAGCGUUUGCAGUUAAUUGUCCCAGAUUUGGAAGGAUUCAAGCUCAAGCCGUAUGUCGCCCUUGGCGUCCCCAAAGAAGCUCCUGAAAAUAGAUCUGAACAAAUGCCUUCGUCCCACUAG